UCGUGCGUCUCUCCCUGUUCAUUGCGGCCAUAACACGGUUGUUCAGAUCGUCCAGACAAGCAGGGGGAAAAGUGUGGUGAAGGGAAGUACGGAGAGAAGGGAGUAGAACGUGGACGACAGUGCUGCAGCCCCACAGCCACCGAACGAAUUCAGUCUACCGCUAGACUUGACGAACGACCGAACUCUUACGUUUUUUUUUUUCCCUUUUGUUACAAUUUGUUCAUGUACCUCGAUUUCAAUAUAUGAUCGAUUGGAAAGAGUGUCGAGGUCUUUAUUGCAGCCUCGAAUCGAUUGUAUUCACUUGGUCUGCUGGAGUGUUGAUAUACGGGGAAUGGUGGUCGUCUGCGAAACAUGGUUAUGGACGUAUUUUGUGGUACGGUUGGUUGGUGAAUUUGCAGAGAAUAACACAAUUGUUGAGUGAAUAGAUGAUUAAGUGAUGAAGAAAAAUGGAUAGUGUGUAGCAGCGAGGGUGUUGAAUUCAUUGAUUUCCUCCAUUGUAAAGUGGGUUGGACGGAGUUGGGUCACAGGAGUGACGAAAGUACGACGAAAACAUCGGGUGACAAGUUGACAAAAACAAGGAAUUUUUUUUAAGAUAAAUUGAGACAUGGUUUUAUGCUCUGUUAAUGGUGUAGUGAAUUAAGGAUGAGUGAUGCGAUGCUGUUAGCUUGACAGCUGAUAUCGUAGAGGCCCUUGAAAAACCCUUCCAUUUCACUCCCCAGUUUAAUCAUCUCAAUCAGGAUAAUAAUCAACUGCUCGGAAUGCUCUGGCAUAUACAUUAUUUACAAAGUGCUGUGAGUGUAUGAUGAUGAUUUUAUGAUAAUUAAAUACCACGCUUCAUCAUCCUGGCGUCGUCGCCGUUCAAAUGAAGCUCCGGCGUCAUUGCAUGCAGACGCUCGGCGUCUCCAUCAAGCAAUUGAGAAGGAAAUUACUCGAAUUGGGCACGAGGAUCCUACACUUACAAACAUCAAGUUGCUGCGAUAUGGCUCUCGUGUCUGGCAGGAUUCAGGUGGCCGAUGUCCAAUUUGAUUGGCUUAUCGAGCAAAUCAGUGAUACCAAUUCCUAGAGAGCCAAAAUCCAAUUACUACCGUGGAUUUAUAUUCUUCCAUUUAGAGGACUAAACACAAUAUAAAAAAAAUCUAUGGAUGGAAUAGAUGUGAAUAAAUUUAGAUAGAUGGAAAAAAUGUUGGUCGAAGCACUUGUCCAAUAUUGCCGGAUCCUGUUACCGCAUCACGAUCUACCACCAAUUCUCGUCCUGACGUAUCAACAGGUUGGAUUCGGCCGGAUUCCUUGGAGAGGUGUGUCUUCGGUGAUGUCGUCGAUAGGCCUCCUCUUCGGGUUAAGAUGCUGACAGUGAGCGCAGGUAUGGAGGUAGGCAGUGGAGGUCAUCGGGGUGGUCUUGGUGGUGGAUUGAAUGGAAAACCAUCUGGGGUUGAUAGCAUGCACCAAGAUGCCAUGGUAGCUGUGGCGAGGGACCGAGCUAUCCGAGCCGGCAGCGUUAGACAUGAUCUUGCUCUUGAUUUACCGCCUAGACUGCAACUUCCUGAUGGAGAAGAGAGACCUUAUGGUACACAGACCGGAUUACAUCUUCGUGAUCCCGAUCAGGAAAGCGAGAUUUAUCAGAAAUGUGUCCGACCUCCACCAAAUAGAACGAUAUUUGAUAGCGAGAGUCCACCACCCUAUAGAAGUCAAUCAGGGCUUCUAGACGCCCCCGACAGAAUAGUACGUUGUCACAGUGCUGGCAGCUCACUCUUAAGGGUAUUCCGAAAAUUUCCAACAAACAAUAGCAGCAGUUCAACACCCACUGUAGGAGUACCUCCAACGAGAAGGCCAACAUUGUCAAGUUACUCAGACUCCAGUGGUAAUCUAAAUAAUCUCUCCAGCCUAACAAUAGUGCCCUGCGAAGCAGAUGAAACAAAUAGUCAUCAAGACAAUCAGGAACACGUCUGAUGACGUUUGUUUCAGUCUCAUCGUUUCUAUUAAUUUGGACAAUAUGGUGUACUGUUCGAACUCUAAUGGACACAGAUAACAAAUCGUUUUUAAUUAAAAACGGAAUAUGGGACCGAUGAGGACCAUCGAGGUUCGACCAUCAUCGUUCCUCUUUUUCCUUCUCGUACGCGCAAUAUUCCUCAAUACCGAAUUAACUCUAUUUUACUAUUCAGUAGUGAAGUGGUAAGAACAGAACAAAAACAGGAGUAGAAAUCGAUGUUACAUGAGUUUGUCAAUGAUUUUACACUGAAAUUAGUAUACUUGGAAUUGGUAGUGAAGUUAAUAAUGUUGACACAAAAUUUUUUCUAUAGGAAUUUUGCUUAUCUAUAAAAACGCUUUUUCCAGAUUUUCAUUCUAAUUUCACUGGAUUAUCGUCCAAUCGCAUAUUUUUCAAUUCAUCUCUUGUUCUCUAUCACUUUGCUUCAGUAUUCAUUUUCAAUUGUGCCUAAUUAAUGUUAGAAACAAUACAAAGGACAGAAUAAGUCACUCAUUGGGGGAAUAGAGGAGAUUCUUAAGGCUGACAUUGCUUGAAACGUAAAACACAAUACGAAGAAUAGGACAACACAGGAGAAUCACAUUAUGGGAACUGAAUGAUUGUACUGAGGACUGAAAAACUUUCUGUGAAAGUGGACGCUUCUUUUUGUUGUACUUUGGAUGAAAUGUUAUGAAAGAUUAUGGAUCAGAAUCUUUGUUUUAACAAAAAAAUGUUUUAGAAGAAGACAAAAGACUUAGUAAAUUAUUUAUUAGCAAUAUUACAAUCUAAACACAUUUGCUAUUAUAUAUUAUUUGAGGAAUAAAUUAAACAAUGACUAAAUAAAGAUUCAUCUUGAAGAAAUGAAUUGGUGAAACAGGAGCAUUCACGGAUUCGUGGGAUUCAUUGAAAAUUAUUAAAGCGAAAUAUAAUGUGAGUGAUGUUUUUUUUAUCGAUUUUUUCAACGUACGUAUCUGUACCAAUCCAUACAGGGAAUACAGGGCGAGCACAGAGGAGGAAAUCAAUGGAGUGCCAAGGCAAUGAAAAUUGUAAAUAUUAGGAUAGGUAGUUCAAUAUUUGGUGUAAUGAUUACAAUUAAAAAUACCAUAAAUAAAUAAAUAUAAGUAAUGAACUGCACCAUGUAAUGCAAUGAAUUUACAUGAUAAAAUGAUGUGGAAAUAUAUGCAAAUUUAUUCCUGAAGAAUA